UGAGUGGAGUACAGCGUAGUCUAGGUAUUCUACUCCGUAUUGCGUGCAAGGUUGGGAAGACUCGGAGCAGCUUUGCAAGGGAGCAGCAGCCGUUGCAUGGCAUGGCAUGGCAGUUGCAGCGACAUUUGCCUUUUUUGACAUGUCCUCCCCCUCCUUUCCCCUCAUCCCGACAUUCUCUCGAAUUUGGAACCCUAUGUUCUGCUCGGAAGUAGUAAUCAGUAAUCACCCGCCCUCCUCUCCCUCCUCCCACCAAAGCAAUCCAUCCAAUUCAGCAAUCACGACCCCAAUCUCUGUCUCUGAAAAAGUACCCGCUGCACCAUAGCACUGCACUGCACAGUACUGUAGCUACAGUACGUGCCCUAAUAAGAAAAUCAAGCACGCCACACGGAGCCCCCCGGACCCGAGGCCCCCCGACUCCCUUCC